UCACCUCUCCUCUUUUUGCAGCGCCGUAGUGGCGGUAAUGUUAUGGAGUUUUCUUACCCCUGUGCUUUAGUAGCUAACUAAAGGAAAUGUCUGACCUGGUGGAAGUUUUAAAGUUACACGGAUAACGAUUGUCAGCGUUGAGGAGUUGGAGAAAGAAGCUAUUGUUUGCCUGAGAGCCUUAAAGACCGUCGGAAAAUGGUGGUUCUCAAAAUUAGAGACCAGCCUCCCCUCCUAAAAGCUAUUUUCAACGUUGACCCUGAUGAAGUACGGUCCCUCAUAUUCAAGAAAGAGGAUGUAAAUGCGCAAGAUAAUGAGAAAAGGACUCCGCUUCACGCUGCUGCCUACCUAGGAGAUGCUGAAAUCAUAGAGCUCCUGAUUUUAUCAGGGGCGAGAGUAAAUGCCAAAGACAAUAAGUGGUUGACUCCUCUGCAUCGAGCAGUAGCCUCAUGCAGUGAGGAGGCAGUGCAGGUGCUAUUGAAGCACUCUGCCGAUGUGAACGCACGGGAUAAGAACUGGCAGACGCCACUGCACGUAGCCGCAGCUAACAAAGCAGUGCGCUGUGCUGAGGCACUGGUGCCUUUGUUGAGCAAUGUGAAUGUGUCAGACCGAGCAGGCCGCACAGCGCUGCACCAUGCUGCCUUCAGUGGCCAUCUUGAGAUGGUAAGAUUACUGCUGUCCAGAGGAGCGAACAUUAAUGCGUUUGAUAAAAAGGACCGGCGGGCAAUCCACUGGGCCGCAUACAUGGGUCAUUUGGAGGUGGUGAAGCUGUUAGUGUCUCAUGGUGCUGAGGUGACGUGUAAAGAUAAGAAGGCCUAUACACCUCUGCAUGCAGCAGCCUCUAGUGGGAUGAUUAGCGUGGUCAAAUACCUGUUAGACCUGGGAGUGGAUAUCAAUGAGCCGAAUGCAUACGGGAACACACCACUGCACGUGGCCUGCUAUAAUGGGCAGGAUGUGGUGGUGAACGAGCUGAUAGAAUGUGGGGCCAAUGUCAACCAGGUGAACGAGAAGGGUUUCGCACCUCUGCACUUCACUGCUGCCUCACGGCACGGUGCACUCUGUCUCGAGCUGCUCGUAGGAAAUGGAGCCGACGUCAACAUCAAGAGCAAAGAUGGGAAAACUCCCUUGCACAUGACUGCAAUCCAUGGGAGGUUCUCUCGUUCGCAAGCAAUCAUUCAAAAUGGUGCUGAGAUAGACUGUGAAGAUAAAAAUGGCAACACACCCCUACAUAUUGCAGCACGAUAUGGACAUGAGCUCCUCAUCAACACGCUCAUUACCAACGGAGCAGACACCUCAAAGCGGGGUGUCCAUGGCAUGUUUCCUCUGCAUUUAGCCGCUCUUAGUGGCUUCUCAGACUGCUGCCGUAAACUACUGUCCUCUGGCUUUGAUAUAGACACUCCUGAUGACUUCGGAAGGACCUGUUUACAUGCUGCAGCAGCUGGAGGGAAUCUGGACUGUCUCAAUCUUCUCCUCAAUACAGGGGCAGAUUUUAACAAGAAAGACAAUUUUGGGAGGACGCCAUUGCACUAUGCAGCUGCAAACUGUAACUAUCAGUGCCUAUUUGCUAUGGUGGGUUCAGGAGCCAGCGUCAAUGACCUGGACAAAAGGGGCUGCACUCCCCUGCACUACGCUGCCGCUUCUGACUCUGAUGGAAAGUGCCUGGAGUAUUUGCUGAGGAACGAUGCUAACCCAGGGAUCCGAGACAAUCAGGGUUAUAAUGCGGUGCACUACGCAUCUGCAUAUGGACACCGGCUGUGUCUGGAGCUGAUUGCAAGCGAAACCCCUUUAGAUGUGCUAAUGGAGACCUCAGGGACUGACAUCCUCAAUGAUUCUGAUGUUCGAGCUCCGGUUAGCCCACUGCAUCUCUCUGCAUAUCACGGGCAUCACCAGGCCCUCGAGGUGCUCGUGCAGUCUCUGCUGGAUCUAGAUGUGAGGACGGCGCAGGGCCACACACCGCUGGACCUGGCUGCUUUUAAAGGCCACGUGGAGUGUGUGGAUGUUCUUAUCAACCAAGGAGCCUCCAUCCUUGUCAAGGACUACACUCACAAACGCACUCCCAUCCAUGCAGCAGCCACAAACGGCCACUCUGACUGUCUGCGUUUAUUGAUUGGAAAUGCUGACAUACAGAGCGCAGUUGACAUUCAGGAUGGCAUUGGGCAGACACCUCUGAUGUUGGCUGUGUUGAGUGGUCACACAGACUGCGUGUAUUCUUUGCUCAAUAAAGGAGCCAAUGUAGAAGCCAAAGACAAGUGGGGCCGCACCGCAUUACACAGAGGGGCAGUGACGGGGCAUGAAGAGUGUGUGGAGGCCUUGCUGCAGCACAAUGCCAGUUUCAUGGUGCGGGACUGUAGAGGCCGUUCUCCUGUACAUUUGGCUGCUGCCUGUGGCCACGUGGGGGUUUUGGGUGGCCUGCUACAUGCAGCUCAGUCUUUGGAUUCCAUCCCUGUCAUCACAGACCACCAGGGAUACACACCUCUGCAUUGGGCCUGUUACAAUGGUCAUGACACAUGUGUUGAAGUGCUGCUGGAACAGGAGCUGUUCCACAAAGCAGAGGGCAACUCCUUCAGCCCACUUCAUUGUGCCGUGAUAAACGACAAUGAGGGAGCAGCAGAAAUGUUGAUUGACACAUUGGGUCCUAUGAUUGUCAAUGUUGCUGACUCUAAAAACAGGACUCCACUCCAUGCUGCCGCGUUCACUGAUCAUGUGGAGUGUCUGCAACUUCUGCUAGCUCACAACGCCCAGGUGAAUUGUGUCGACUCUGGUGGCAAAACCCCUCUCAUGAUGGCUGCUGAAAACGGACAGACAAACGCCGUGGAACUGUUGGUGAGCAGUGCAAAAGCAGACAUGACCUUGCAGGAUGCCAAUAAAAACACUGCACUACACCUGGCCUGCAGUAAGGGACAUGAGACCAGUGCCUUGUUGAUUUUAGAGAAGAUCACGGACAGAAAUCUCAUCAACUCCACCAACGCAGCUUUACAAACGCCGCUGCACGUGGCUGCCAGAAACGGACUGACGGUUGUGGUACAGGAGCUGCUGGCCAAGGGUGCAAGCGUGCUAGCUGUUGAUGAAAAUGGUUACACGCCUGCCCUGGCCUGUGCCCCCAAUAAAGACGUGGCAGACUGCCUGGCUCUCAUCCUAGCCACCAUGAUGCCUGUGUCUCCCAGCAGUGGCUCUGUGCCCAGCCUGCCAUUCAGUACCAUCAACCACUACACUAGCCCAGCCAAGAGCGCCACAUUCGACAGCUUGCCCAUGCUGCGCAGCGGACACAGCUCCUACUGCAGCUUCAACAGCAUCGGGCACCACGGCUUCUACAAAGACGACGAGCUCAAUGAUUCCGACUCGGAGACAUACUGAGAGGGAGAGGGAGGAUGAGAAGUUACAUCCUGUCUUAAUCACGUGGAGGCAGCUUUAUCCUAGCAGCUGGCCACUGCGCAGAGCCUUAAGUCUCUCUCCCACACACACACACACACACACACACACAUAGACACACUUACAAACACAUGGCCCCAAGCCCCUCUCUCCAUCUGCCUUGACCUCAACCAGCACCUUUCAGCAGAUACCUCAGCGUACCUUCUGCUUCUCUCGUCCAAUGGCUUGCCUCUGAAUUGCUCUGGCCAGCCGGAUCAGCCGAGCUGCCUCCCUACAUGGCAAUAAAGUGUAACGAAUCAUCAGCCUGGGGACCAAUAUUUUGUAGGUGUAGUCUGAAACUGAUUUCUUUUCUCUUACGGGAUUAAGCUCUUUUUCAACUGGUUUUUGAAAACGAGGGGAGGUUUUAAAUUGUCCCAUGAGAAGAAGACACGGCUGAUUGUGAAGCUUUCAAAGUGAUCUCUCAUGCACACUUAAUUCCACAAAUGCUACUUUGCAUAGGGGGAAAGAGAUGAUUUAUUUUUUAAAACAGGAUUUUACUACAUGUCUAUGUCCUAUGUCCCUCUGAGUGGGAAAAAAUCAUAGCAUUUUCUUCUAUUUUCAAAUCAUAGAGGGCCAGUGGAGAAAAAUAAAUAUUAGCAUUGUAACGCUAAUGGUAAUGGGCAUGAAGUGCAAGCUAGCCAUUGCUGUCUUCUCUUCGAAAAUAAAUUAUUCUUUUUACCUGUUGUAUUUAUUUUUAGUUUCCACGUUUCAUCAUCUUGUGCCUUCACAUAUUGCUGUGUGGAUGCAGGAAAGUAGGGGCAGUUUGGAGAACAAAACUAUGAUGCACAAAUAAAACACUAUGUUUAUAUUUAAAAAAACAAAAAACCACAAAAAAAAAACAAAACAAAAAGCACUGAAACUGAACUGAAGCAAACAGCUCCCAGCAUGCUUUGCUCUGGAUGAAGAACACUGUGUAAACCAAUGGUAGGACAGCAUCUGGUCUCUUUGUAUGGUGAAACAUGAAUAUUAAUAUGGUAUAUAUUUUCCUGGCUCUUAUCAGUUUUUGGCUUGCUUCGAUUAGCUAAUGAAACCACUUGAUCCUUGGUAUGUCAAAGUUAUUUGUCUUUUCUCACAUGGAUUUUGGAAUGAUUUGAAACUGGAUAUUCAUCUGUUUAAUUUUGUUGGCUGAAUGAAAGUGGAGCAGCGUUACGUUUUUCUAUGCUUUUGUGCAGGAUAGGCAAGAGUCUAGCUAGCCACGCUCCCUACCAUUCAGCACAAGAGGUUCAUGUAUAUUUUAUGGUUGGCUGAAUAAAGAAAUGUGAUUUCA